CUCCCCCACGUGACAUUGGGUAAACGAAGAAGAUAACUGACAGCAGUUAGCAUUAGCUUGCAUGCUAACUAGUACCGUAGAAGUGUCAAUCUAUUAUUGAGAUUUUAUUUUCAUAUCAUCAUUUGUUGCAAUCUUAAUCGAUUCUAAUGCUUUGCCAGCGUGUCGUCACAGUCCUCUCUACGUUGAGUGGCUGAUUCUAAAGGCCACCGUCACAAUGCUGAACUUCCAAGUCGGUCGCAGGCGAGGCUCAGAUGGCGUAACCAUGGUGAUGGACUUCUUGCUGGCCAACGCCCGUCUGGUGCUGGGCGUCGGAGGCGCCGCCCUGCUCGGCAUCGCCACGCUGGCCGUCAAGCGGCUGAUCGAGCGUGCGGGCCGCGCCGCUGAGGAGGAGAAGGUGGAGCAGAAGAUGGCGGAGAGCUGGGAGGAACUGAGCAAGAAGGGGCUGGAGGGAGUGGUGGUGCAGCACGUCGCCAAGGCUCGAGAAAAAAAACCACGCAAAGCCGACCUAUGUGAACCAACUGAGGAGUCGCCAGCCCUACCGGAGAAAUGUGGCCGCACCCUGCAGGAGCUUCUGCAUCAGUUCUACCACAGCCGGGUGGCACUUUCCCCGCCGGAGGUCCACCGAGCUCAGUGUCGCGCUUUGGACAUCUGCAUGGAAAUCCAAGGCUUCCUUCGCACUCGUCAUCCCGACAUGCCGCUAGGAGAGAUGAGCCUCGGGGGAUCUCUGCUGGACGACUUACAGGUGGUGAGCGCGGACCACGCGUGUCUGCUGGUUCCUCUGGAGCUGGAGCCGGACCUGUGGCGUCUCAUCCCGGGAGAGGAGACGCUCCUCACGCACCCUCUGCACUGGAUGGUCAGACGGCUCAACGUGGAAUAUUUCCCCAGAGGACGCAGCUACUGGGACAGGUAUCUGGUGGGCGGCUACUUGUCAGCAGGGUCUGUGGUGAACAUGUUGAGCAAAGUGCUGAUGGAAACCAUCAACUGGCCGUCCAUCAGCGGCACUCUGGACUGCCUGGUCAGACCCGUGCUGGGAGGACCACGCCUCGAACUGGAGAUCCGGUGUCCGAACGAAGCUGGCGGCGUCCCGGCCGACUGCCCUCUCUUCAUCUCCGUCCUCCCGCUGCUGCGCGAGGGCGACGUGGUCCUGUCGGCCCAGCCCGAGCUGACUUCCCCGUGGGUCAACGCCUGGCACCUGCCGCUGUACCCGCGUGAGACCCAGCUCCUGGCCCAGCUGGACUCGCAGGACCUGGGCUGUCGCAGGAUGACUCUGAAGCUCCUGAAGGCGGCGUUCCGCCUCAACCCGGCCCUGCGACCGCUGGACUCGGCCGCCCUGGCCAACCUGCUGCUGCACCUGAGCCGGCGCCAGGAGGACUGGAGCCUCGACAGCCUGCACCUGAGAUUCUGCCAGUGCGUCGCCGAGAUGAUCGGUCACCUGGAGGCGGGGGUGCUGAGCAGCUACUUUAAGCCGGUCGUCAAUCUGCUGACUGGACUGACGGACGAGCAAGUGGACCGCAUGGGAUUCAUGCUCUACUGUGCCGUCUCGGAACCGGAAAUUCUUCUCAUAUGACGCGAGUGCAUCGAGGCUUCAGGAUGAUCCUUUUCUGUCGUGCUGCAUCUCAUUCAGGCAGUUCAUCCCAGCUGACUUUUGACAAGAGAAGCGGGGUACAGUUAAGCCCAAGCAAAAAAAAAAUAUACCACACGAGGACAGUGAACCCCCACUAUAAUUCCUAGGGACGAGCCAGUGGUAUUGGGCCUAUUAGCCUGACGUAUUUCAAGGUAUCGGGCACUCUUGAAGGCUGCCGAUACUAGCCACCAACGCUUACGGGAAAAAGAAUCUGUCAUCGAGUAAAUACUCCUUGCCAGUAGUUGGCGCUAUACUGUGGCAGUUUGACACAUCGGCGAAUCAUCAUGUGCAUAAUUAUCUGUUGUUGUGUUCAUUGAAAUUUGAUGUAUCAAAAGUAUUAGUGCUAUCGGUACUCUGUAUCUGUGAUUACUCAAGAGUAAAUAUUCGUACUGGUAUCAGUCUGAAAAGAAGCGGUAUGGAACUUAAACUUAAAAAUGACUGAAUAACAUUUAUUUAUUCACUGGAUUUUUAUUUUCAUUUAAUAACAUCAUUGAACUUGUAAAUUUUAUUAUUUAAUGACAUUUAAAAAUAAGACUAAAUUUAUUAUGUUAAUAAAUUGUCAUUUAAUGAAAUUUUGUCAGAAAAAUAAUGUCAACAUUUUAUUAAUGACUAAAUGUAUUGGUUUUAUUUAAAAAUGUUAAAAAUAAAUAGAUAAAAAUAAAAACAUCAUUUAAAACAUUUGUGAAAGAUUUAUUAAAUUAUCGCUUACAUUAAAAUUCGAAAGUACUAAAUUACAGUCAACAGCAAAAAAAAAAAAAUACAUUUACCAGGAAAUGUUUUGUAAUCACCUAUAGAUGCCACAGGAUGGCGCCAAAGCACUUUUUUCUGUUUGACAAGGCUAUGGCCUGUCGAAAUGAAGCUCCUCCCCUCAGUUCAACGUGGGUGCUUGGCACCAAGAUGGCGGCAAAGAGAUAUAUAUAUUUUUUUACGUAAGACAUCUUUGGCCUGACCACAAAAAUGGCGAAUAGGUGAGUUUUGUCGCAAAUAACAUAAAAUAGCUUUCCCCAAUAAAUCUACGAUGAGCUGAAUUCAUAACAUAUGUGUGGGGUUCCCUGUGAUUGGUGCCCCCCAAAAUAUAUAAUUGCCUAUGUUAAUAGUUUUAACUGUAAAUAUAGUGGUCUCCUGCAUGUUCGCAAUUUGCUAAUUACGUAUUCACCUACUUGCUGAUUUUUAUUUUGGGGGCGGGGGGUUCCUCAACUGGCUGAAAAGCUCACCUUUUUGCCGUUUUUGUGGACUGCUGCCGACUUCAGGAUGUGCCUGAUUAAAAAAAGGACAGCACGCACACUUGAACACGUGGCUCAAUGUCAAAUGAGGAAAAACACAAUUGCCUCAUUUACACUUAUACACUCAUUAUGCAGGGCGACUGGAUUCUUAAGUACAGUACAUGCAUUUGUAUUAUACAAGAGGCUCAAGGAUGUUUUUUGUCAAAGUUCUCUACAAGGAAUUAUUUUUAUUUGAAUCUCAGUACGAGUGUUGUGAGUGUUUGGUUUAUUUUUCAUGCUGAGUGAAAGAUUAUAUGUGAAAAUGAUGAUGAUAAUUACAAUAAAGCAUCCGUUAUAACUGAA